UCUUCCUCACUUUUGGGGUAAAAUAAACUUUAUAUUUUAGGAGCUCUGAAGGUCACAAUGAGGACCCCAGUUGUGUCAGUACUGAGGGAUGAAGAUGUCUCCAUUCCCUGUGAUAUAUAUGAUCUAAAAUUUUGGGAAAGCCAUUGCAGUAGUAUGGAAAAGGACAUCGGAGAACGGCACGGAGUACAAUGUCUAUGAAUAUAUAGAUGGAAACGCGAAGUCAUACAGACUGGGAUCUUACAUGGAGACGACGAAGAUCCAGUAUGGAAGCGCAGAGCUGCACAUCCCCCGGGCGCAGUUCUCUGAUGAGGGGCAGUACUCCUGUAGAGUGAUAAAUACUCCAAAACAAGAUCUAGGUACAUCGACCCUACAGGUGUCAGUUCCUCCAUCGGCUUGCGUGACACCAAACGAUCUGACCAUCGAGUCGGGGACAGAGAAGACGGUGAUGUGUGAAGUUCAUACCUUUUACCCAAAAGAUGUUUCCAUACGCUGGGGUCAGUAUCGUAAGGGAUCAUCUGACUGUGAGCUCCUAGAGCUCUGGACCUGUGUGAAGAAUGUGCUUAUUAAUUCAGACGGGACGUACAGUGUGACAAGUCUACUGACCCUGAACCCCAAGAAAGAGGAUGAUGGGAACACCUAUUCCUGUAUUAUCAGCCACCGAUCUCUGCGGAUUGAACUGUCCAGGAAUCUCACCCUCACAGUCACAGAGAGAGGAGAUAACGCCGGAGCCAUUAUCACCGCUGUGGUCCUGACAAUCCUGUGUACAUUAUUUCUGGGUUUGUUGGCUUUCCUCUACUUCAGAUUUGUAAAGAAAGAUCCUCCCACUCUCUCUGAGAUCACUGGAAACAAUGAGCUGAUUGACAUGAACAGGACAACUCUGACUUGUCAGAUUAUGGACUUCAGACCCAACGACAUAGAAAUCUUUGUGUGUAUUAGAAGAUCUGAGGAGCAGGAGAUGAGGACCAUCUACACCUGGAGGUCUGGAGGUCACCCGCUCAGGUCAGGAUAAGCAGAGAUGAUGGUGGAGGGGAUGAAGAUGUUAUAGAUAUGGAGGAGGGGAAACAACUGAUGAACGGCUCUGCAAGACACGAGGACAGACCUCUACAGCUGGAGAUGGACCCUAUUAUCAGUAUGAAGAAGCUUGGAUCAUUCAACUGUCAGUGUUCUCUCCAUAUAACUCCCAGCCAUGACCUGCAUAAAGGAGCGGAAUUAUCUCUGUCCAUGUAAAACACUCGGCACUGACAUCUCCGACCUCGGUAUGCAGGACACUCAAAGUCAUCGGAGGUGAGACUCUUCCUCUUCUACAUGAAGUUUCGAGCA